CCUCACGAAUCCUGGUUCUUUCAGUUGUUUUACUAACUAACAACAUUUGAGAUUUUGUCCUUUCAACCUUCUUCAUUUCGACGUUUUGUUCUAGUUAAUUUUUAUUACAACCUUUCGACCUUUUGAACCACCGACCUUUGCACCUUUUGUACUAGUUAUAUUUUCAUUUCGACCUUUUGACCACUUGCAUUUUCGACCUUUUGUCCUAGUUAUUUUUUUUAUUCCUAUCUUUCGACCUUUUGACCACUUGUUAUUUCGACCUUUUGUCCUACUAUUUUUUUAUUUCGAUCUUUUGACCUUCGUCCUUUUGACCCUUCGACAAGAUUUUAGAAACAUAAUAAUCUUAUGGUACGCCUGAUAACAUGUUACAUCAAAUGAAGGACAGUAAAGUCUCAUAUUUCUCAUAUUCUGAAAAUCACAAAUACUUUAUAGGGAAGUGGAACCAUCUCGGCAGGGGUCCUAUUUCGGCCACUUUUCUGCUAUAACUCAGCCAAUUCUGAACCAAUGACACAAUUUUUGGAACGCGAUGAGAUACGUAUAGUAUCUAGCCGUGCACAAAAUUUCAAGUCAAUUGGUUUGGAAUCGACUGAGUUAUAGCGAAGAGUGCCCAAAAUACCGGCCGCUGCCCAAGUGGUUCGCUACCCUAUGUCAUAUUGUGUAAAAUUUGCGAUCAACAUCAAAACAAUUGCGCCUAAAAUAAGCAUCAAUUAAUAAUAUUUCUACCAUUAUUUCAUUUUUGAAGAAGCAAAAUAACAAGUAAGAAACAUUUUUUUCUACCUUUUUGUGGUAUAGGGUAUGUGUUCCAUCAUUAAUCUCCCGCUCCCAUAUUCAUCAUAUUCGAAAACAAGCGAUUACGGCACCGAUUGAUUCCGUUCUUUUUGUUUUCAUGGGUGCUCACUUCUAACAAAAAAAAUACAAAAAUAAGAAACAAAACAAACAGCGCUUCAAUCCUUUGUUUUUCGUAGGAUGAAAAUGGGAGCCACAUGCUUAAGAAGGAAACCAAUACCCUACAUAAUGUUGAAACCUUCACCUUGAAUUUGAAAACUCCGCAAAUAAAAUUAAUUAAGUCAGCUAGUUGAACUGUGUUGCAUAGUAACAUAUGUAUUUUAAAGUUUUUGUACUAUUCGAAAACUACCGACAAAACAAUGACGCAUUCUUCAUUCAUGCCUCCUUAUUUAUAACCUACGCAGCAGUUACUCAUCAUAUAACCUGCGCUGUCUUACCAUUUCCUUACUGGCUCCCUUCGUUGGAAAGUUCCGUUGUUCCUUCGAUGUGGUCCAUGGGGUGCCAGCCUGAACCAUCAUGCCACGUCGUCGUGUUGUCCGUGUCGUUUGGCUUAUCAGGUUAUGCUGUGCGAUGCUAAUCACGUCCCUCUCGUAUCAUGCAAAUUCUUCGUUAUCAGUACGUUUGUUGAUCGAGUACGGAAAUCCUUUCCGUAACUUUCAUACCUAAGUUGGUACAUAAAAAGAUGCCCUCAGUGGUAGAGAUUCAGUUGGAGAGCAAGCGUUCUAGUGUUUUCGUUAAUUUUAAAAGUUAGUUCAUAGACUGUUACUGUAGGCGAAAUUCCGAAACUUAACGACAAGUAAGUAAUUUCUGUUUUUUUUUCUGCGGAUUUAUAUUUGUGUCGAAGUGAUGAAAACUAUUGUGGAAAAACGUGUGGCAAUACUUUGCAAGUUACAGUGUUAAACGUUCCGCCUUGAUUUUUUUUUUGAAUUUAUUUGUUCUACUUCAUUGACGGUAGGUAGUAGUUGUAAUCUAAAGCAAGUGUUGGAUACAGUGCUGAAAACGUCAUUUCGACAUUUCCAAAUUCAACCACAUCCAGCUUAUUUUAGAAUCUCAACCUGAGAAUAUGGUAUAUGAAGAACUUGUGCGGCUAGACCAGCUCUACAAGAAAGUCACGGAAAACCCGAUCUCACAAUGAAUACACAGCGUAACAAAAAAUAACCUUUUGUCUGUCUCAAGAGCAAACUUAUGUGUCUCCGAAGGAUUUUGGGCCGCUGAAUCCGGGCUCAGAUUUGCUCUAACACGUCACAAUUUUGAGCUAUACCUCAAUUUAUAGAGCAAAAUAUGCGAUUUUGGGCUUUUUUGACUGCAAGCCAUUAAGCAAGAAAAUAUUUUUUUUAAGCAAUCAAAAGGCUAAUUGGUCAAUUAACAUCUAAAUUACCGACUCAUGCCAAAUAUUUCGUUUUACCAAAUCGAAUUUGAUAGUUUUAAGCAAUUUAUGUUAGGUACGAUAUUUCCCAUACAAGUCACCUUCCAGAAGUUGCAUGCAAUUUUCCAUACUAACAUAAAAUGCUUAAAUCUAUCAAAUUUGAUUAGGUGAAACGAAAUAUUUUGCAUGAGUCGUUAAUUUAGAUGUUAAUUGACCAAUUAACCUUUUGAUUACUUAAAAAAAAUAUUGCCUUGCCUAAUGGCUUGCAGUCAAAAAAGCCCAAAAUCGCAUAUUUUGCCCCAUAAAUUGAGGUAAAGCUCAAAAUUGUGACGUGUUAGAGCAAAUCUGAGCCCGGAUUCGGAUUCAGCGGCCCAAAAUCCUUCGGAGACACAUAAGUUUGCUCUUGAGACAAAAAAAUGUUACGCUGUGAUAUCAUUGGCAUAUUUUCGAAGGUAGUCCGUGACAUUUUUAAGAACUUUUUGGAAUGCACGUGGUUCUUUUUCCUCUUCAUAUUUUUUUUGGAUUUCUGAAAAAAAUCCUUUCAUUUUCUAAAAAAAUACUUUGUUUCUACGAUGCUUCGUUCUUGAGUUAUGAUUUUUCAAAGUAUGUAGUGUCAGGGGAAAACAAACAAAUGUCACCUGAGUUUUCCGGGAAAAUAGGCGACCCCAUGAGCCCUGCCAGUAGCAAAAGUAUCAUGAAAAUCUGAGACCCUUCGGCCCAAACCCGUACGGUAAUAGAAAAAAUCCCCUGCUACCACACAUUUCGAGAUAACUAGGUCAACCAGUUUUCCGUGUGAAGAGCAUAUUUUAACCAAUAGAAUUAACAAAUUUGUAGUCACUAUUAUUUUAUUUUUGAUUUACAGAUUCAUCGUAACGUUCCCGUGAUAAUCUUCAUCAAUACCUUUAAGCUUUUGCCUAGCUUCUGCUAUCUACAGGGUUGCCAUCAACAAGCAAGUUUGACUUCCGUGCCAAUCGUUGCAAAUAUGGAAAAUCUGGCUGGAUCUCUUGAAGUUGCAUCGGGUGUCUUUCAUAAUGUCACGUGGACAUUUAAGUUUGAUAAGCAACGUUAUACACCGUCGACAUGUUGGCAAGUAGAGUCCGACCAAUUCUGGAUUUUAGGUAAUGCGUGCAAAUUGGGUCUUGAAAACAUACGACGUCUAUGUAACAACAAUUAUGUUUGGUACGUCGACGCUUACUUAAUUUUGAUUGUUGAUGACCAGCCUAAGCGAGAUUCUAUUGAGCUCAGCUACAGCAUACAUGCCAUGGGACAUGCCAAUUGUAAAAAAUUUUCCUGGGCCUGUAAGCCCCAGAAGUAUUCGCCCCAACAGAACCGCGGACAAUUUGACGUGAGUGUUAAUGCAAACACAUUUCUCGCGAACAACGAAGUAUUCCCUGAAGACAUGCUGACAUUACGUUGCGAAAUAAUUUUCGGAGAAAAUCCUCCCCCUCUACCAGAUUGUCACCUUACUAACCAAUUAAGAAUGCUGACAGACGGAAUGUUUACGGAUGUUACCGUGGUGGUUGGAGAAAGACAAAUCAGAGCCCACAAAGUCGUGUUGGCCGCCCACAGCCCCGUAUUCGAAGCGAUGUUAAGAGCAAACAUGCAGGAAAGCAAUCAAAAUGUGAUCAAAAUUGAUGAUUUUGACUACGAAGUUGUCCAGGAAAUGAUGACCUACAUAUAUUCGGAUUCUUCGCCGAAAAUUGAAAACCUGGUCGGUAGCCUCCUAAAAGCAGCGGACAAGUACGACAUGGGCAGACUGAAAGCACUCUGUAAGCAGACGCUCUUGGACAAAGUGUCGGUGAAUACCGUGGUGAACUAUCAAGCACUUGCCGCGUUUUUCAGUCUAGCCCAGUUGCAACGGAGGGCCACAAAAUUCAUCGCAGACAAUAUAGUGGCGGUGCAAGAAACGGAUGAAUGGAAACAUAUGGUACAAGUGCAUUCCCACAGCUACGUUUUGCAGAAAAAUAAACACAAUAUUGAGCACGAUGAUGAGGAGGGCCACCCUACAAAAAAGUUGAAGCCAGCCUAGAACGGAUCUACGGUAGUUUUCCAUCUGCAACAGACUUCAUUGGAAUAUGAAAUGUUAGCUAGGGUAGUUGUCCCGAUCAUUGUGGAAUCAGGCACAGUGUUUCUAACGCCACAUACCAUAUUUAUGUAGCUUGAAACUAACUGUUUAUGAGAAGCUAACAGAAUCGUAACUUUAAAAUUAUUGUUGCAGUAUUUGUUCCUAUUCGUUAAGUUGUGGCAUACAACUUUUUUCUGAUUCGUUUCCAGACUAUUACAAUAUACAGUCAGCAUUCUGAUUAAAGUUUCAAGAAAUUUUAAGAUCCUGACAUUUUCAAUAUAUAACGGUAUUCAAUAACGCAAUACUUUUAUUAGUUACCCUAGCGUCGUACAAGUAUGUUGCGAAUGAUGAGUAAAAACAAACAAUAUCGAGUAUUUUGUCUUACAGAAAAUUACAGUAACAAAAGAAUUAAUCAAUUUUUCAAUACAAUGGAAUGAAUUUAAAUAAAACGUUUGUAUAGAUUUGGACAUUUCAAACCAUCUUUCUUUAAUUGUCUAAAAUGAAAUCCGAUAGCUUUUGCGUAUACCUACCUAGUGACCGGCGAAAGGGGUGUUUACAAAUUCUAGUGCGAAUAACUAGGGGAACCGUACGAUUAUAGCGCGGAAAUCCAUCUUGCGGAAUUCAUUUUUAGGGUGUCACAUUGUUACAAAACACAACAUGGAACCCUACAAAUGCAAGGGCCCCACGUUGGGCGCCAUGUUACAAAAAUAAAAGAAAUUAAUUAUUAGAAAGUAUUAACGCAUCACAACACAUAGACCCUACAAAUGCAUAAAUACGAGACAUCACGAGUUGACGCAAGGCAACACAAAACAUGAAUGUGCCCUGUUAUCCAGAUGGAUAACAUCUUCCGAUCACAGGAUGACGAGGUUUCAUGUUUUGGUUUGGGUCCAUCAGUCAUCCUGGAAUUGUAUUUUAUUUGGCGGUAUGCCUUUUAGUUCACAGUAUUUGUUGCUGUGUUCAUAGCUUGGUUUUGUCUAGGAAAACUAAUCCUAAUCGGGCAUCCCGUUUCGGGUUUCGACACUUGAGCUCAAUAACUUGAAGUCCGUGGCAGGGAAAGGUUUUUAUCUCUAGUACUUGACCUCUGCCCGAAAUGGCCUGAAUGUUGGCAAUCGAAAUAGGAUUGCACUUCAUUGGCCUCUAUCCUGCCAGAACCCUAUAAAUGUUAAUUAAUACUAGGGUAAUAUUUACAAGUUAAAAUUCAACAUGUAGCACAAGGAGCGAACGAAUAUUGAACUUUAAACACAUUAAACAAUUAUUCUGUCUUAUUAUUGUAACAAAUAUUUAUACCCGUAACACAAUCCAACGUUUGAGCAAGAACCCCGUGUAUGCAAAUGAAAGUUAGUUGGAAGGAUUAUAACUACAGUUUUAAGGCCAUUUUAUUUUUGUGGACAGUGCACCUCCACAAAAGUAAAGUUUAGUUGAAGUAAGAUUCGUUACGUGAUUUGGAAAGCAGUUUGGCUUUCGGGUAACAUUUUGGUUGUUUUGAGUUGAGGUGUGUUCUGGGGACUUGUUAGUCCUGUUCACCGCUACGUUUCUGGAAAGCAUUGUGGCUUUCGGGUAGCACAACUCAUUUUGGUUUUGUUUUGAGUUUAGGUUAAGUUAUUUAUCCUUAUCGUAGUGUUAAGUAUAUGGCCUUAACACUGUUGCUAUGAAGGUUAUGCAGCAUAUGGGAGCUGAAUUUUUCGUAAAUCGGUGAACGACUCACGAAAAAUUCUUGCUCAAACGUUGGAUUGUGUUACGGGUAUAAAUAUUUGUUACAAUAAUAAGACAGAAUAAUUGUUUAAUGUGUUUAAAGUUCAAUAUUCGUUCGCUCCUUGUGCUACAUGUUGAAUUUUAACUUGUAAAUAUUACCCUAGUAUUAAUUAACAUUUAUAGGGUUCUGGCAGGAUAGAGGCCAAUGAAGUGCAAUCCUAUUUCGAUUGCCAACAUUCAGGCCAUUUCGGGCAGAGGUCAAGUACUAGAGAUAAAAACCUUUCCCUGCCACGGACUUCAAGUUAUUGAGCUCAAGUGUCGAAACCCGAAACGGGAUGCCCGAUAAGGAUUAGUUUUCCUAGACAAAACCAAGCUAUGAACACAGCGACAAAUGCUGUGAACUAAAAGGCAAACUGCCAACUAAAAUACAAUUCCAGGAUGACUGAUGGACCCAAGCCAAUAAAUGAAACCUCGUCAUCCUGUGAUCGGAAGGAGUUAUCCAUCUGGAUAACAGGGCACAUUUAUGUUAUGUGUUGUGCUGCGUCAAUUUGUGAUGUCUCUUUUUUGUGUAUUUAUAAGGUUCUAUGUGUUGUGAUAUGUUAAUCCUUUGUAAAAAUUAAUUUCUUUUAUUUUUGUAACAUGGCGCCCAACGUGGGGCCUUUGCAUUUGUAGGGUUCCAUGUUGUAUUUUUGUAACAACAUUUCGCGGAAUGACAUUUGAUGGAAUGAACCAUGUCUCGCAAUGCACCGGUUCGCUGAAAUCCAUUUGGCGGAAAUAUUACUGAUCGAGAGACAAUAUCUAUUAUGUUAUAAAUUAUUAUUUAAAUCAACAAAUGCAAAGUUAAACAUUUCUCUCGCACUGGUGAUGCCAGCCUUUGAUCGAAAGAUAAACCUAUGAUAAAAAGAUAAUUAUUAUUUACCGAACGUACCCAGCCAUCUACAGCAUUAACUUUGCUACUCCUAGGGCGGCUAACCAAAACAACAGCUCGCCAACCGAGAUCGAUGACGACGCAGACGAUGACGAUCACGCGUGUCACCAGCAUACAGGACAUUCCGCUGACUAUGCGAAAUCGCACCCCAGCCAUCCAUGCUGUUCCAUGAUUUCGUCUUCCGUUAUUCGUAAGUGUAAAGCAGAACCGUAGAUAGUAAGCCAAAGCAUUGUUCACUUAGAAUCCGGACGCAUGGUAUAUUCUCUAGUGGUGCUCUCAAAGCUCACAAUCAUCAUUCUUGUACAGCAGUCUGACCAUAAUCCUCUUUUAAUGGUGAAAAUUUCAUCGAUUUUCUUACAAAGUGCGAAAAGUUAAUUCAGAUUGAACACAAGAGAAGGAAUAAAAUCUCGCACAAACACGUUGAAAGUUGCGACAGUCGCGAAAAAUGGUAAUAUCUCCAAAAUCAUUAUGUUAUUAAUCAUGGCAUAAGGAAGUGUCCUCGGAAGAUUUAAGUUAACGCUUAGAAUAUCCGCUAUCUUGAAUUUUCAGCCGCCAUUUUGGGUUCAAGUCAGCCAUCUUGGGUGUUCUGGUUGCCAUCUUGGACUCGAGACUUCUUGCCCAUACCAGGUAUACCCAUAUUAACCCUUCAGGACGCGCGCCAUCAAGCAACCGAAACUGCACCGCACUCGAGCUGUGUACGAAGAGCGAGGUUUUUUGGUAGUAUUGUACUUUUUACAACAGCGCGCGUGCUGGAGGGUUAAAAGGCUCUAGAGCCUCAAACUUCAUUAAACAGUCGCCAUUUUGGAUAUUUCAUUCGUUAUUUUUUAACUCCGGGCAUCUUCUCCAUGCCAAAUAUAGCCACAUUGAAUGACUUUAGAGCCUACAACUCCAUUCAACAGACGCCAUCUUGAAUUUGGAACCGCCAUCUUGGAUUUUAGACCGCCAUCUUGGGCAUAUUGGUCGGCAGUUUCCGACGUAGGACAUCUUCCCCAUACCAAAUAUACCCAUUUUGCAUGGUUUUAGAGCCUAAACACCAUCAAACAGCCGCCAUCUUGAAUCUGGACUAGCCAUCUUGGAUAUUUUGGACGACAUUUUUGGACUGCAGACAUUUUCUCUUUAUCAAAUAUACCCACAUUGUAAGGUUUUAGGGCCUAAAACUCCAUUAAA